UCUAGAAAUUUUUUCAUGGGGUGGCAUGCAGACUAUGAGGAGUGGCAACGCCAAAGCAAGCGCCCAUGUGUAGUUCUUAUGGAUCAAGGUACCAAGCUUCACUGCAACAAGUACUAGUUCAUUAAUUGGAGAGUGAAUGCAUAUCCAGUGUUAUUCUGCUAAUAAAAUCCUGUAGGCCUAUCAACUUUGUAACAGCUGGAAUAAGUCAUUUGAAAGGGAACAAUAACACAAAUUUAGUUCUAAAUAAAAAUAAACUCUAGGAAAACUGUACUUUGUGUGGCAGUGCUGCAAAACCCAUUAAUAUUAAUUGUUUUAUGCACAAUAAAAUAUUCUUUUAAAUCACCUAUUUUGAUAAACAGUCAUUCUUAAUGACCGAUUCAAGCACUCAAAUAGAUAUUUCACAUAAUAUGGUAAUUUCAUCUCUACAUCUGCUGCUAUCAGUCUUGGGAUUUUGUUAGUCAUUAGAUGAACAUAUAUAUCAGCAAUUUAAUCAAGAACAUGACUUAUUGGUAUAGUGGUUACUUUUUGAGUCUAGUUUUUAGAGGUUCUGGUUUCUAAUUCACCCAAAUAUAACUUUUUAUUUUAAUAAACAAAGAUUGUAUCUGUAUGUGUAUGGAUGGGUGUUACACUUCAAAAAAUACAACAACAGAUGCGGGGAGACACGAGUAGCGGAAACACAGACACAUUUAUUGACCGUUCUGUAUUUGAAAAAACAGUGAACUCCGAAGUUCAGACAGCGACAACCACAAACUCUCCGCUCCAGCAGUGGGAAUCGUCGCGAGAGCAUCAGUGACCAAGACGGCACAGCUCACGAACACCUGUCUCCCAUCACACAACCCAACCAUGAAACACUCAGUUUAUAUAGGAAGGAAACACACUGCGUGCCAGUGCUCCACUAACAAUCAGAUCACCUGGUUACCCCACACCUGAGAGCGAUUAGAGAGAGAGAGAGAGAGAUAAAGACAAAAAUCACACUCUACAUACACACAAACAAUACGGCCAAGAAGGCAAUCACAAUGGGGGACAUAUUUUGCUUUUCUAUUUCCUGGAAAAGAGCAUGAGCUGCAGAAAAAACUGCGGACACUAAACGACACUGCUAACAGCCACAACGAACAUUUAUCAUAAAAUUCAAAAUGACACAUUCCAGCGCUGGAUUCCUCAAUCAAAACAUACACAGAUCAGAUGAAAUAGAAACUCCUACUCAAGAACUGGAGAUGUUUCAUCUGGAUUAUACACAUACCGGACAAAAGGUAUUUCAGAAAGUGCUGAAGACAUGUCUCAACUGACGGCAAUAUCUCGAAUAAUCAUUCAGUGAAAACUUGAAAAAAAAAAAAAGAGAAAUUAAUCUCUUACCUCUUUUUUCUCCAUGUAUUUGUCCAUAUUUUCAUAUUGUUGUUGUGGUUGAGGAAAUAAGUUCAAAAAACCUAAGCCUGCAAAUAACCAAACACUGCACAUGCACUGCAGCAGCAAGUACACGAUUGGCUGCUGCUGUAAUCACGCCAUUGGCCACUUCUUUAACCUAUCACGCAAUUGAUCACUGAUAUACUUUCACGUGAUUGGCUGCCGCUGUAAUCAAUCACACUCUCAGUCUGUGUGGUCAUUUGUGCAUCCGGUGAGGCAGUUCGAUAUGAAUAAACCCCUACACUAUGUCAACAUCUUAUAUUUAUAUUUAAACAUUUGUAUACUUAUACUGGGGUGGCAAUGCCUUUUCUUAGGGUGGCGUUUGCCACCCCAGUAGAUCCACCCUUGGAACCUGGAAUGUAAAUAAAAUAAAAUAAAAUAAAAUAAAAUGUUUAUUUACAAUUACAAUUUUAAAGAGUUACUGUAAUCAGUCAUUUGUUGUGGAUUACUUGUUUGAGUGACUUACCCAACACUGGUUGUGGAUGAGCUCUUAGCUACUUUGUAAAAGUGUGUGUAUUUACCACAGUAAAUUUAUUGUAUUUGUGUUUACCACAUAACUUAAUGCAUCUUUUUAAAUAUCACAUACACAGAAACUAAUUUGGAAAAACUGCACACAAAAAAAUAAAUAAAUAAAUAAAUUUCAUAUUCAGCUUUUGUAUUUUGUUUUUCCUUUCACAAGUGACUUUAAGAAGUACUAAUAAAUGUGACAAGUUCUUGCACAGUGAUGGUUAAACGGGCCUGAAAAGUGUGUGUGCUAACACUGUGGCUUUAGAGUCAGAUAGUUUCUGGAGUUAUUCACUUAAACAGAAUACCUUGCAUGACAAAUACAUGCAUUUGAAACAGCAAAAUGCAUACCCUAAACAGCUGUAGAAUUAAAUCUUUACAUUUCAAAUGAACAGCCAAGGUCAUGAAAAGAACUCACUGACUCCUUGCAUAAUGAAUCCUAGCAACAGCUGUGAUUGCAUAACCAUCAGGUUAUGUUUCAGGAACCACAGACCCUAAAAACAAGAGAAAUUCACAUAAUUCAAUACACGCUUUAGAAGAGAUGGGAUCAGAUGUCUGGCAGCUUCAUGAACACUGGGAUAUUCAUAAGAGUUCAUUUGUAUAUUAGUAGCAUUCUAGUUUUCUCUCUCUAGUACUAGUAAAGGGUUAAUCCAGUGCGGUGGAGCCAGCGACCAGUUCAACCCGGAAACAUGAGUGAUAAUUCACAGACUGUAGUGUUUGUAAGAGGCUAUCAGGCCGGACGGGGCGGGUUUAGGUUACACAUGGAAGUCGACGGUGCUUUGUGUUGGAAAUAGACUGGAUCAUCGCAGUGUUUGCAAUCAACUAGAACUGUUUGUCUGUUUUGAGAGAAUAAAAUGGAGGGGUUUGAAGGGGCCAACAUCGGCGAAGUUGUUUUAGAUCUGUCCCGUUUGAAUCUGAACAAUUUGAGUCUCGACAGGGUUAGCGAGAAACGACGGAAAGACACGAAGCAGCUGUACGUGUGCUAUAACCGAAUCUCGCUUCUGUCCGACUCCAUUUGUUUCUUCUCUAAUCUGGAGUUUCUGGACAUCAGCAAUAACACGCUGUCGGUCAUCUGUGAGGACAUCACCCGACUGACCAAACUCAAAACCCUCGUAGCCAAGAAUAACCGUUUAAAUGAGUUUUCUCUGCCUAAAGACUUCGGCUCUCUGCAGCUGGAGGUGUUGAAUCUGAGUGGAAACAGGUUUGAAGAGAUGCCGACCCAGUGUUUGCAAAUGCAGCAGCUACAGUCUCUAUCACUGGGAGGAAACAGACUGAAAAGCAUCCCAGCAGAGAUAGACAGUCUGACCAGUCUGGAGCUGUUGUAUUUGGGUGGUAACCAGAUCUCCUCCAUCCCUGCUGAACUAGCCAACUUGCCUUACCUCAGUUACCUAGUUCUGUGUGAUAAUCGCAUCCAGAGCGUCCCACCCCAACUCAACAGACUCCAUUCUCUGCGUUCUCUUAGUCUGCAUAAUAACCUGCUGACCUAUCUUCCGAGAGAGAUCCUGAGCCUGGUGCAUCUUCAGGAGCUCAGUCUCCGCGGCAACCCCUUGGUUGUGCGCUUCGUCAAGGACAUGACAUAUGACCCCCCCUCACUUCUGGAGCUGACUGGCCGCACCAUCAAAAGCAGGAACCUUCUGUACUCUCAUCAAGACAUCCCAACCCACCUGGUCAACUACCUAGAUAUGGCCAGCAAGUGCCCCAACCCCAAGUGUGCAGGUGUUUACUUUGACUCAUGCAUUCGUCAUAUCAAGUUUGUGGAUUUCUGUGGGAAGUAUCGCCUGCCCCUGAUGCACUACCUGUGCUCCCCAGAAUGCACCUCUCCCUGCAGCUCCAAUCCUCAGAGUGAUGCUGACUCUGACGACGACAAUAGUGUGCCCGCUGACCGCCUUCAAAGAGUUCUGCUGGGAUAAUUUCACUCACCCCUCACAGAUCUUUCUCUCUCAGAACAUUAUCAGCAAGAACAUUAAACUUUACUGCCAGCUGCCUCUAUAAUCUCUCAACUGAAGCCAAAUCAUAUUGCCAAGUGCGUGAAAAUACGAUGGUAUUCUGGGAAAGACAUCUGCAGAAAGUUCUCCAUUUUUUAACAAAUGCCUUACCUUGCAAUGCCAAUAUAAAUCAAACACUGGUAGUUCAAAAUAGUUGUUGUAUAAAAUAGUUAUAUUAACUAUGCAGUAGUAACCUUUGUCAAAUCUCUGUUUAGCUUUUGCACUUUUGUAAUACAUAGAAGAAACAGUUUAGGUAAAUGUAUAUCUUUUGCUCGGCAAAAGAUUGCUUUGUCUCAGAGGAGAGACGGUGAAUUCAAGGAGAUAUUUUCACAUAAUGCACAAAGAUCUACUGUGAAUUCAAAAAAGAUAAACCUUGAGAGCACUAUUAGUUUUGGGCUUUGUAAGAGGUGUAAAGGUGAAGUAAUUUCUGUGCCACUAACAUCACCAAACUGAAUUGCAAACAGGUUUCUUAAACACUCCCCCCAGUCUUUCAUGGUUUGGACUAACAGAUAGCCCCGCCCCAAACUCACACCAUUGGUUGAGCCAGUGUUGCUGUGUUGGGCUGGUUUGGAUACUCAAACAAACAGUAAUCUUUGGAAGCACCACAGAGCUUAACACUUUCAGGGUUAAUCAACUUUCGAACACUCAGUAUACUUAUCAUAUAAACUUGCUUAUAUUUGUCUCUGAAUAUUAAGCUUGAAUAGUGGAGAGUAUUUUAACAUCCAAAAACAUACACAUUUCUGCUUAUUCUUUCUACAAAACUUUAGCACAUUGUGUUGAAGCUUUCAUCUUUGAAUUGCUAAAACUAAGGUUAUUGUCUGCUGUUGUUAAUCUCCUUCUGCAGUCAAAAACUAGAACAGCAUUUGAAGUCCAGCGAUAAACAGUGACGAAGUUCACCAAUGUCUAAACUGUAGAACUUUGUAUUGACAGUUCAUUUUUCAUUUAGAUCUCUCGUUUCUAUCAACUAAAAAUAUGCAAUAUUGUUACAGAGCCGAUAGCAAACAUUGUGAAGAGUGUGUGGCAUUUUUCUCAUGUGAUGAUUGAAUUUUAGCACACUACAAGGAACAGAAGUGAUUGUUUUAAAUCAACCUUUCUAUGUUCUUCAGGAACUUUAUAUAUUAUUUGUACACUUUAGAUUCUUCACCUUUGUCCUACACUUUAGGCGUAACCAUUGACAUAUUGACUGCAAAUAACUAAUCCAAAAUAUUUCAGAGUUUUUAAAAUAAUACCGAAGGGUUUUAUACUAAAUAAUCUUUUAUGACAUAUGCUAUGUCAUUGACAAGAUAGAAUGUAUUUUUUUUUUAAGAUGAUGAAGGCAGGUUUGAAUUACACUCACUCCUCUGAUGGUUUUAUAAACAUGUAUUUGCACUUCUUAUGUAGAGUACCAUAAUAAAAAAAUAAAAAAAAGUGUU